GUAAACAAUGCGAUGCGAUGCGACAAACACCCCUCCGAUUCAAAAUCUCCCAAGAGUAACAAAAUCAGCAAUUGCAGAGACGUUAAUCUACAAACGUAGAUCUCUACACUAUUCUACGAGAUACUGGUAUUCUUCCAAAACACUCUCGACUCAACGACCCCUAAAUCCCAUCAAACAACAACCUUCCUUCUCCUCACACCAUGGCGCAUUCACCCCAAAGCACUCUCACCACUCUCCACAAACUCCAAAAAUCCCACGAACUGAGUAUCAUCAAACUUUCCGAACCAGUUUCCGCCCCUUUAAAAUCCGGCUCUCGUACAUCCAAUGCCUCUGCCGCAGAUACUCUUGAGAAUCCUUCCCCGGCGAGUUUAGAAGCCGAUUUGGCGCAUUACAAGGAACUUUUCUCCAAACUUCGCUUUUCAUAUCUCGAACAAGUCACCAAAGAGAAAUUCAUCCGUGCCAUUGUCGGGGAUCCUCCUUUGGUAGUCGAACAUCAAGAAAAUAUCGAUUUAGAAGCUUCUCUGCUCAUCUCCAAAAGCUCUCUCAAAGCCCAAAAGGUCGAAGUCGCAGAACUGGUUGAAGAGUUGGAGAAAAGAGGUAGAGAAUUAUGUAAGAAAUAUGAACAUAUUCAGCUGCAAACAAGACAAUUGGAGGAAUUGCCGAAGAAAAUUGAGGGACUUGAGGAGAGUAUUAGGGUUUUGAAGGAAGAGAAUGGAUCGAGUGGUGAAGGGCUGGGAAAUCCAAACCUUAAAUUGGGGUUAGAUAGAACGAGGGAAUUGGUAGAGGAAAGAGAAAAGGAAAGGAGAGAAUUGGAUAGACAGUUGGAACAACUGCAAGUACUUGUCCCGAGAAAAAACAAAGAGGCGGAGAGGUUGAAUGCGGAGUUGAUACCGCUAGAAGGAAAGAGGAUGACGAGUGUAGCGGCUGCGAAAGAGGCGAAGAGGAGGAAGGAAGAGGGGGCUGGUGGGGCGGGAGAUGAUUUGGAGGAGAGAGGAAGGUGGUGGAGGGGUGUUGAGGGAGGGUUGAGAGGGAUGUUGGGGGUGGGAGAGGAAGCAUAGAGUUGGAGAUUACCUGUGUUUAAGGAGUUUCUGGGAAUUCUGGAUACUGGGAGAGGGAAAUGGAAAUGGAGUCUUAGUGUCAGGCGUUUAUGGUUAGUUGCUAGAACUAGGACUAGGUUCGCUUGGCCCAGAGAUAUCCUUUUUGUAUAUUGAUAUCCCAACGACGCAAUAAUUUGAUUUCACGUUUUUAGAAGUCA